CCAACUUUACUUCCAACCGACAGUAGGAAAUCGUUUGCUGUUUGCACACGUCAAGUCGUGACAUUUCUUCAGUCAUGUAGUCUCACUUUAAGUGUUAUUGCUGAAUAAAAAUAUGAUAUGAUCAAAUAAAACUGUAAUUCCACUUUUAAAAAACUAUUCCCAGUCAAAAUCAAAAAAAUGGGACCUCCAAAACGCGUAAAAAAAGAUGAUCGAGGUAAAUGGAAGAAGAGAAAGGAAGAAGAGGAGUACAAUGAGGAUGAUUUUGGUGAUGGAAUGGAGACAGAGGGUAUUCCAGAUGCAGCGAAGAAUGACGCUGAGAAAUUGGAUGAGAAUGCCCUGGAGGAUGAGUUUGGUGCCAAAGACUACAGAUCUCAGAUGAUACUGAAGCCAGACAACACUUCAAGACCUCUCUGGGUGGCUCCUAAUGGCCACAUAUUUCUCGAGUCCUUUUCUCCAGUUUAUAAACACGCACACGACUUCCUCAUCGCCAUAUCCGAGCCUGUCUGUCGACCUGAGCACAUUCACGAGUACAAAUUGACAGCCUAUUCGUUGUAUGCAGCUGUCAGUGUUGGUCUUCAGACACAUGACAUCAUCGAGUACUUGAAGAGACUCAGCAAGACGAGUAUUCCCGAUGGGAUCGUUGAGUUUAUCCAAUUGUGUACCCUGUCCUAUGGCAAAGUGAAACUAGUGUUGAAGCACAACAAGUACUUUGUGGAGUCACCGUAUCCUGAGGUGUUGCAGAAGUUACUGAAGGAUCCAGUGAUCCAGAACUGCAGACUGCGAAAAGCUGUGGAUGAGAGUGAUAAGGAUGCCUUGAUAACGAGCAUCCAGGGGAAGAGCAAAGCCCUUCAGUUUGGAGCAAAAGCCCUCCCAGAGGCUGGGGGAUCAGGGGUCCAGGAUGGAACGACAGAGAUAUCCUCGGAGGCAGUAGUACCCGAGGAUAUUACCACUUUUUACGAUAAAAUCGAUAAAGAGGACGAGGAUGAAGAGGAGGAGCAGCGGCUGAAGAUUGUGAGCUUCGAGGUGAAUCAGGAGAAGAUCGAAGUCAUUCAGAAGAGGUGCAUUGAGCUGGAGUAUCCAUUACUGGCAGAGUACGAUUUUAGAAAUGACACAGUCAAUCCAGACAUCAAUAUUGAUCUGAAGCCCUCGGCUGUUCUCAGGCCUUAUCAGGAGAAAAGUUUGAGGAAGAUGUUUGGAAAUGGUAGAGCUAGAUCUGGCGUGAUAGUGUUGCCCUGCGGUGCGGGGAAAAGUUUGGUGGGAGUUACAGCCUGCUGUACCGUUCGUAAACGAGCCCUGGUACUCUGCAAUUCUGGUGUCUCAGUCGAGCAGUGGAAGCAGCAGUUCAAGAUGUGGUCAACAGCCGAUGACUCCAUGAUCUGUCGAUUCACCAGUGAAGCUAAGGAUAAGCCCAUGGGUUGUGGCAUCCUCGUGACAACGUACUCCAUGAUAACUCACACCCAGAAGAGAUCUUGGGAGGCAGAGCAGACGAUGAAGUGGCUGCAGGAACAGGAAUGGGGAAUAAUGGUGCUCGAUGAGGUUCACACGAUUCCAGCUAAAAUGUUCAGAAGAGUCUUGACAAUUGUUCAGUCUCACUGCAAACUCGGCCUCACAGCCACUCUCCUCAGGGAGGACGACAAGAUCGCAGACCUGAAUUUCCUCAUUGGUCCUAAGCUCUACGAGGCCAAUUGGCUCGAGCUCCAGAAGAGGGGAUUCAUCGCCAGGGUGCAGUGUGCUGAGGUCUGGUGCCCCAUGACCCCAGAGUUUUACCGAGAAUACCUCAGCUGCAAGAUGACGAGAAAACUUCUCCUCUACGUCAUGAAUCCAAAUAAAUUCCGAGCCUGCCAGUAUCUCAUAAAAUACCACGAGAGGAGAGGAGACAAGACAAUCGUCUUCUCGGACAACGUCUUCGCUCUGAAGCACUACGCCAUAAAAAUGAAUAAGCCCUACAUCUAUGGGCCCACCAGCCAGAAUGAGAGGAUUCAAAUUCUCCAGAAUUUCAAGUUCAACGUAAAAGUAAACACGAUCUUCGUGAGUAAAGUUGCAGACACGUCUUUUGAUCUGCCCGAGGCCAACGUCCUGAUCCAGAUAUCCUCGCAUGGAGGCUCCAGGAGGCAGGAGGCCCAGAGACUGGGGAGAAUCCUUCGAGCGAAGAAAGGAGCAAUUGCAGAAGAGUACAAUGCUUUCUUCUACACUCUCGUCUCCCAGGACACCAUGGAAAUGAACUACUCGAGGAAGAGGCAGAGAUUCCUCGUUAAUCAGGGAUAUGCCUACAAAGUUAUUACAAAACUGGCUGGAAUGGAUGGAGAGCCAGAUAUGUUCUACAAAACUCGUGAGGAGCAGACCCAACUUCUUCAGCAAGUUCUCUCUGCCAGUGACACUGACGCAGACGAGGAGAGGAUCCCUGGAGAGGGGCUAAGACCAGUGAUUAGAAAGGCUGGCAAUUUGGCCUCUUUAUCUGGAGCUGAUGACGCUGUCUACUACGAGUACAAGAAGUCAGCGUCUUCAUCAACAGCCAACAAGCAUCCCUUGUUCAAGAAAUUUAGGGGCUGAUGCCAGGACAGUAAAUAAUAAAUAAUAGAAAUAAAUUAUUUUUCAUUUGGAUAAA